UAGCUUUGUGGAAUUUCUUCUUGUUUUUUCCUCGACUUAUAAAUGUUGACUUGUAUUUGAAUCUGCUUAAAAUGAUUAAGGUGGCAGACCUUCAGUUCUUCUACUCCUAGUUAUUCACUGAAUUCUCUUUUAGCUCCGUUGUCAUAUAUGUUCAUUUAUUUAUUAGAAUCGUAGAUUUAAGGACAGAUUUGAUCAAGCUUGUAUGUAUUAUCCAAUGAAAUAGUUUAGUCUUCAUAUGUUAAUCUUCUGAUUAUUAACCUCAAUGUUUAUGCAUGCAGCCUCUUGUAUCAGGUGCCGCUAUAGGAUUGGAAGGGCAGCUUACAGUUUACAAUUACAAUGGAGGUCCAUGUUAUCGGUGCCUAUUUCCAACUCCACCUCCUACGACAGCAUGUCAAAGAUGCUCUGAUAGUGGUGUUCUGGGAAUCGUUCCUGGUAUUAUUGGCUGCCAACAAGCCCUUGAAGCUAUAAAGAUUGCAAGUGAUGUUGGUGAACCACUCUCAAGAAGGAUGCUUCUUUUUGAUGCAUUGACUGCACAGAUUUGUAUCGUCAAGAUCAGAGGGAGGUCAUCACAAUGUGAAGUUUGUGGAGAAAAUGCGACAUUCACCGAAAAGCAAUUUCAAGAGUUUGACUACGAGAAAUUCACACAAUCUCCCUUGUCCAUGUGCACCAGUCACAUUCUAAAGCAGUGAAGAGAGCCAUCAGUGAACAUUGUGGUGUAUGGACAAUCUCAAUGCUUAGUUACUUUUACUGUUUCCAGUGCAUUGGUAUAAGGUUAGCUUGGUAAACAUUGUGGUGUACUUGAAUUGAGUGUUUUUAUAUAACUCACUCUCCUAGUGUAAACAUGACAGCCAAUGAAUUAGUUUGAAUUUUUACUUAACUUCUGUUAACCUGAUGGCUUAAAAGUUACUAAGAAUUGUAUAGUUUUGAGGGCUGUUUGAACAAUUGAUGGAUGACAAACAUGGUAAACAGAUUUCUAAGCAUUUUGUAUAGUUUUGUUACUGGUUUUGUUUGAUUUGUUUUUUGACUGUUCUGGUAAAUGAGGUAAACUGCUGUGUCAAUUCUGAUUUGGUUAUAUGAUUUUGUUUGGGUUACUGAGUUGAAAUGGUUUUC